ACCACAUGGAAAAUAUUUAUGGCUACUUAAUGAAGUAUACCAAUCUGGUCACUGGUUGGCAAUAUCGGUUUUUUGUGUUAAACAACGAUGCUGGCCUGCUGGAGUACUUUGUGAAUGAGCAGUCUAGACAUCUAAAGCCCAGAGGUACCCUGCAGCUAGCUGGAGCUGUCAUUUCACCCAGUGAUGAAGACUCUCAUACCUUCACAGUCAAUGCUGCCAGUGGGGAGCAGUAUAAACUAAGAGCUACUGAUGCUAAAGAGAGGCAGCACUGGGUUAGCAGGCUGCAGAUAUGCACACAGCAUCACACAGAAGCUAUUGGAAAGAACAACCCUCCUCUGAAAUCUCGCAGCUUCUCUCUCGCAUCCCAAGGCAGUGCCAACUCUCCUGGUGUGCAAAGACGACCCAGUCAAAAUGCAGUUUCCUUCUUCAAUGUUGGACAUCACAGAUUGCCAACUGGAAAAAGAGUUCCCAUUAUGCAGCCAGAUCACCUUGUAGAUGUUAGAGAGAUGAUGUCUCAGGCUGAGGGCCAGCAGAGAGACUUGAUCAGGAGCAUAGAAUGCCUUCCUGUCUCCGGUCACCUUACAUCCUUGGAUCAAGACCUGUUAAUGCUCAAAGCAACUUCCAUGGCAACCAUGAACUGCUUAAAUGACUGUUUCCAUAUUCUCCAGUUACAACAUGCUUCUCAGCAGAAGGGAUCCUUACCAGCAGGAACGACAAUCAGUUGGUUGGAACCGAAGAUCUCCCUGGCAAACCACUUCAAAAAUGGAGCGGCUCAGAAUUUCCCGGCAGAGAUAAACAAGCCAGAAUCUGUCAGAGAAGAGCAGUCCAUUGCAGAGCCCUGCCAGCUAACAAGG